AUGGCACAACAACUAGGAUCACCUAGAUUAUCUCUAACUGAAAAUCAAACCACGAUCCAAAAUAAUAGAAUUCAGCAAGAGAUUAAUAAUAUUAAACAGUAUUUUCAAAGCCCAGUCACAAUAGCACCUACAAUAAAUGGUAUUGUAGAUUAUCUUAAUAUAAUUUUAGAUGCAGGCAAUAGGUUUGAAAGAUUGGUACUAGAUAUAUAUCCACAGGUGAAUACUCAUGCAAUUAAUGCAGAAAAUCAAGUAGCAAAUUUGCAAACCCAGUUAGCUAAUUCACAAACCCAGUUAGCUGAUUUACAAACCCAGUUAACCGAUUUACAAACCCAGUUAGCUAUGCUCCAAAAUGACUAUAACCUUUUUCACCAAGCUUAUGGGGCCUACAGAACACAACACAAUAUAUUUAAAUCUCAAGAACUUGAUGGUCAAAUUACAAUCUCAGAUGGAGCGACAACCGCACAUUUCUUAAAUCUUACAAGAAAUCGAUAUAUCAAAUGGAAGAGAAAAUGCAAGACUUUAAAAAAUGACCUAUUACUUGCUAAUGUUCAGCUUGAUAUCAAGUGGGCAAACAUGGCAACAAUACAAGAAGUAAUGGCUGUAGUAACUCCCUUAAUUGCACCAAUUCCACAAUAUAUUGGCCAAGAACCUCCAGAAGACUAUGUUAAUAAAAUUAAACAGUUAUAUAAUUAUGGUAGUACAGUAGGUGUUGUGGUGGGCUUUAAUAAUGCUGUAAAAAUCCAGAUUUUAGCUUCAAAAAUGGGAGGAAAAUAUAUACUACCCAAUCCAUUUAAUAAUCAAAUAGGAAUUGCAGUCAAUACACCAGCAUUGUUUUUAGCAUGGCUUAAUACAGAAUAUCAAAGAAACAAUAUCGAAACUUACGAAACAAGAAUCAAACCAUUUUUAUUAGGAGUACCAAUUAAUGAUAACUAUGUAUUAGGAGUGCUUAAAAAUCAAUUACCAACAGAGCUUUACAAUCAAAUGACAAUAGCACCUUCAGCAGAUAUUCCAGCAUUCUUUACAAUAAUUCAACUCCAGUUACAAAAAAAUGUACCUCCACCUUUACAUCCUGGUCAUGAGUACCGACUUGAGGAAUUUCAUAUAAAUAAUUUUAUGUAUGACCAAGCAAGACAGAUGGGAAUUGGAAUAACUCCUACCCCAUUAAGCAAAUUACUAUCUGAAGGGAAAAUAAUUUGUCUAAAGUCUGAAAAAGCCAAAGCCUUACAAGAAAUAAUGGAUUAUGCCAGAUUGGGUCUUGAUAUAGAAGAUGAAAGACCUUACAAUCCAAUGGAAAUUGAUCUUGCUAUUGUUAAUAUUGCAAGAAGAAUUGGAGGAAAUACUAUUAUUCCUACUAUGAAUAUAGUUAAUGCAUCCCAAACUGUUAGAAAAAAGAAACUACCUGUUAGAAAGAGAGUUAUUAAAAAGCUUGUUAGACCCAAGAAUAAACAAGUAAACUUGGUUACCUAUGAAGAAGCAACAGAAGAUCCUAAUAAUGAGGAAGAGGAAGUUUAUGAAGAGAUAGUUUAUGAGGAUGAGGAUAAUGAAAAUGUUGAGUAUAUAGAAGUUGAAGAUAGACCUAAAGAAAUGCUUUGCAAUAAUUCUACUCAAAAAGUUAUUGAGAUUUGUAAAAAAAAUUUUCAAAAUGAGCUUAGAAAUAUUCUUAACGAAUUUAAAACUCUUUUAUCUUCUUAUAAUUUAUUACCAGAAUUAGCAAGCUCUAUGGCUUUAGAUGAAUCUAUGGAUAUUAAUUUGGUAUGUUGUCCUGCUAAUAAUCUUACAACUGCUGAAUAUAGAAUUAAUAAUAUUUUAAUUCCCAAAGCAGUAUUGGAUGGAGGUGCUCAGUGUACUAUAAUAAGUAAAAAACUAGCAAGGCAUCUUGGAUUAAAAAUUGAUACAACCAAUCCUCCAUCUCUCGAGGGAGUUGCCACUGAUGCCAGCUCAUACGGAUGGUGUUAUAAUAUACCGAUUACAUUUACAAAUAGAGCAUUAACAAGAGAUACAGAUUAUACAAUGAUACAUGAUAUAAUAGUUAGUGAUUAUAAUAAAUAUGCUUUGAUUAUUGGCACUAACUGGCUUGAUCUUGCUGGAGAUAAAGUAGACUAUAAAAAGCAUAAAUUUAGAGUUGGCAAUACAUUUGUUCCUAUUUUAGUUCACAGAUCAAAUAUUAAAGUAAACUGCAUAACCACAGAUCAUAACUCAAAAGAUUAUUGCUCUGCAAUAAAAAAAAAAUAA